UGUUUAUAUUUACCAACUAAGAUAAUUCAUCUAGACCAGAGCACUUGUUCAGUUGUUGUUACGGAUAUGACCACCGAUAAUGCGCCUGAAUUUACUGUGGAUAACAUUGAAAAGGCAUUACAUCAACUGUACUAUGAUCCUGUUUCAUCUACAAAAGACACAGCACAAAGAUGGCUAACAUUUGCCCAAAGAUCAAAACAAGCUUGGCAGUUUUCAUGGGAUCUAUUGCAACCAAACCGUUUGACUGAAGUUCAAUAUUUUGGAGCGAGCGCUUUGGUUUCAAAGAUAUCAGGAUCGUGGAAUGAAGUUCCUGAAAAUGAAAUUGAUAGUUUACGUGAACGACUUUUUUCUGAGAUUCUUCGCUUAUGUGUAUCUCCACAAAAUCGUAUCAUUUUAACCAGAAUUUGCGUAGCAUUUUCAUCAUUUGUUAUGAAUUGCGUACUCAUGAAAAAAUGGGACACAGUUAUUUCUGAUAUUAUUAAAAGACUACAAGAAGAUGAAACUGCCAAUGUAUCUCCAAUGCAAAGAUGCUCAGCUUUACUGGAAAUCCUCGCUGUCCUAGCUGAGGAACAUCACAGCAGAACAAUGGAGCAAUAUCAAAAAGGAAUUGUUAAACACAUGUUAAUUCAAGGAAUGCCUCACGUUCUACCAUUACUUUCUAAUUUAAUGAAUUCUGAAGAUUUCAAUGAAACGCAUGGAAAAAUUUUGAAAUGUUUCUCAAGCUGGGUAAUACUUGGAAUACCGAUCAAUGAAUAUAAAGACAUUCUUCAUAAAACUAUAUCUUUUAUUGAUGACCCCGAUUUAUUUGAUAAUUGUGUUGAAUGCCUUUUAAAUACUUUUUGCUCACCAGGUAUUCAUAAGUAUGUGAAUACAAUAAAGGAAAUCAUUCCUAAGGUUUUAUCACUUCGUCCAAUGCUUCAUCAGGCAAUUGAAGAUCAAGAUGCAGAUGUUUGUAUCGGAAUUACAAAAAUUGUUAGCGGACUUGCAGAAAAUCAGACCAAGUUGAUUUUAGAGAAUUAUAACAAUCCAGAAAUAGGUCUUGGCCUUGUUUUAAUGGUUGCCGAAUGUACCGGUAUUCGUUUACAAUAUCCGACUGAAGAAAUGGGAAGCCCAAUUACAUUUACUUUCUGGUAUUCUUUACAAGAUGAAGUGAGAAGUUUACCGGAAUCUGAUAUGUCUAUUUUUCCUCAAAUCCAGCCAAUUUAUUAUCAUUUGGUGGAGACAUUGGUACAGAAGUCAAGCUAUCCAGUCUCUGUUUCACAUACUGACUGGUCGAGUGAUGAAAAAGAGCAGCAUAGAAUUUACAGAAUUGAUAUUUCUGAUACAUUAAUGUAUAUUCUUGAAAUGCUUGGUACAAAUAUGGUACGUUUUCUUUGUGGUAAACUUCUACAAAGUGUUAAAUCAAUGCAUGAGAAGCAAGAUUACCAAUGGCAGGAAACUGAAUCUAUAUUAUUUGCUAUACAUUCUGUGGUUGAAUCAAUGGCAGACUGGGAUGUUGAUUUAGAUUGUUUGAAUGAACUUUCACAGGUUUUGCCAACAAUAAAAGUAGAAAAUCUAACAUUGGCUGAUACUCUUCUAUACACUAUUGGAGCUCUGACUGAAUGGUUGGUGUAUAACCCCCAGUAUCUAUCUUUAUUGAUUCCUAUUGUUCUUCCAUGCAUACGAACGCAUGAUCUUGCAAUGACCACUGUUCUGACUUUGAAAAGAAUAACUCGAGAAUGUAAAGAACAUCUUGUACCACAAGCAGAAGUAAUACUAGGUACAGCUCAAGAUGCAUUAACUAAAGGAAUUUUGAAAAACAAUGAAGUCAAUUGGUUAAUGCAAUCAGUCGGUCAUAUGCUUUCUUUAUCAGAAGAUGAAUGCAUAAGACGAUUGCAGAGUGUUCUCAUGCUUCAUAUGCACCAGUUGCGAGCAUUGUCGGAAGAUCCACCAUCAGGACCAACUAAAAACAGCAUUAUUCAUAUUUUAGAGAUAUUGGCAAGUUUGUUUUCAACACUCGACCGCCGCAAGGGUGAUACCACUGAUGAGAAGGUCCAAGUAGAUGCUGAUGAAAAGCAACCAGUGCUUUUGAUUCUACAACAAAUUACACCAAUAUUGCAAGAAAUAUUAAAUCGCUGGUUAACUGAUGUUGCAAUCGUUCAAGCAAUUUGUGACCUGUAUGACAGAUCUAUCAGAAAUCUUAUUCAGGGAUUUUCUCCACUUGUUGAAACUUUAUGUGAUAUUCUUGCCAAAGUUUUCCAAGCGGCUCCGCAAACUUCAGUUUUAGAUCUAACACAGCAGAUCAUGCUUGUUUUUGGAAAUGAUUCAGCACACGAACGAGCAAUUGAACAUUGUUUCGGACCAAUAAUUGAAACAAGUAGACGAAUGUUUGAAGGUGGCCAUGCAAAAGAAUAUCCUGAUCUUGCUCAAGGUUUCAUGAAACUUCUAUCUCAUACAUUACGGAAAAACUAUGGUAUGUUGUUCAAUGAAGUUUCUGGCAACCCUCCUCUCCCGCGUCCUGAUUUGCAAUUGCUAAUUCAUUGUGCUCUUGCCACAUUUAGUCUCCCAGAGUCUGAAUCAGUGAAAAGUUCUUCAUCAUUCAUUUUUGGAUUCUUUGCAAACUGUUCCCCUCGGCCAGAAUCUACAUUGGUUUUUAAUCAGAUCGGUAAGGAUAUACUCAUUGCAGCUUUGAAAGGUAUGGGGGGAUUAGCCACAAGAACUGUUAUAGAAAAUGUUGCAGAUGUCAUAUUUGCUCUGUCCAAGUUCAAUUUUCAACAGUUCGCGAUAUGGGUUCAUGAACUACGACAUGUUCCUGACUUUCCGUGCACAAAUGUGGACAAAGUAAAGAAAGACAUGUUCAUGACCCAACUUUUACGAGAGCGAGCUGGAAAGCGGAAGUACAGAGAUCUAGUUAGGGAAUUUUCUCUCGUUUGUCGCGGACUACAUGGUACGGAAUAUGCAAUGGGCUGAUUGAGGAGAUUAUGAUUUAUGUUCAAAAGGUUGACAGAAUUCUUUUUCGAUCAUGUUUAUAUUCAUCCAAGGAGAAAAGGAAGAAUGGUCAUUCGAAAAAAAAAUUUUCUUUCAGUUUCGUUACUUGUUCAGUAAGGAUAUAGCAUCAGCUGACCAACUCACUCCAAUGGUUAGUUAAGGGAUAAUCAGAGGGAUAUAUUGCUGUCAUAGAAUUUCGCUCUGAACGCCCCAAAAUUAUUUGAAAAUUGAUUGUGAUGAAUAAAACAAAAAAAUAUUUCAUUCAUAUUAUAUGGGCCAACAUCUUCUAAUCCCAGUGUUUAGUACUCCUCGUAUCUCAAGUAUUCAUUUGUCUUGAGUCAUGCAAUAUAUGUGUCCUUUCAAUUUAUUUUUCAUGAAAUACUACGGCAUUCCAACUUUUGUUCAAAUGUUAUUUGGUAUUUGAUGUAUCUGUGCUUCUGUAUUAUGAAUUAUUUGUAAUCUUCAUCAAGAAGUGAAAAAUGUCAUGAAAUUAUAGGUCUCAAUGUUUUUACCUAAUGUUUUUACUGUAUUCAAAUAG